AUGGUUCAUCACACGGACGAUCAAUCCACUGGUGGUAAAGAAGGACAAGGCGAUAUGCUUUUGCCCGCUCCAGCCACUACGUAUUCUCCUACAAUACAAUGCUGUCACUACUCUGUACUCCUUUGUGCUCCCAGCAAUUGCCGCUCUCAGAUGAGAUUCGGUCUGCGCAUGUCCUACUUAGCUAUCACCCUGUUACUAGACAGUAGUGUUCAUUCGGCCCCAUUGAACAGGAUCUACCUGGUCAGACUGACUGACUUGAAGUACCACCUCCCAAAUCACAAUCAGCCCGCCUGUGAAGUGGCUGGACGGCGACGCUCUUCCCAGUCUGCCUCCUCCGAUCUACUUGGUGCAAAGGUUCCAUCUACGUGGUCUUACACGGCUCAAUUAAACUUGGGCAGGAUGGUCUUGCGAGGACUUGGAAAGGGAACAUGCUUUACUACAACAUCUUUCCCAGCUCAGUACUCCGUAUCUGUUCUCGAAGACUCGCCGCACGCGAUAGCAUCCCCGGGACCCGUUAAUCCGCAAACCCGGAGGAAAAGGUUUUCGGCUUCCGCGCUGCAGGUUAUUGCCAGGGAGGACGAUGGAGAUAACAACCAAAAAAAAAAAUACCCCAAAAACAUAUCCUCGCAAAGCCAAGAGAGGUUAAAUUCCGAUGCGGGGAAUCGAACCCCGAGCUGCUGUGUGAGAGACAGCGAUGUUAGCCAUUACACCACAUCGGAUAACUCAUGGAAAUACCUGACGAUUAUAUACUGAUGUUGCAGAACGUCGCGUCGUCAAAAUUUCUGCAGUGAGCGAUUAUGGGUCGUGCCG